CUAACACCUCUAUAUAAAUGCAAAAAAGCUAGUCUUAUCUCAGUCGCUUUGGCUGUGGGCUACAAGUCACACUGCACAAUGUUUCUGUAUCUGUUACUUUGCGCGCUUGUGCUCGUCGGUGCACGUGCUGACAGGAAGAGACCGACCGGAAGUGUGGAGUUCGAACAGCCGAAGGCGGAUAUUGAACCGUUCAGUGAAGCCAUCGUUUUCAAUGACGAGGACUUCACCAAGUAUCAAGAUUGCAAUGAAAUCCUGGCUUCCGGUUCCUACAAGGAGGCGGGGGCGUACUGGAUCUACCUGAAUCAGUCGGAACCCAUCGUGGUGUUUUGCGAAUUUGAGGCGGGGGACCCCAGUUACGUGCUUUUGAUGCGAAAAUAUGGGAAUGUGAGUUUCGUACAAAACUUCAACAGCUACUAAAUCGGGUUCGGAAAUAUUGCCGCAGGGGACGGAUGGAUAGGUCUGAGUCGCAUCAAGGCUCUGGCAGACGC